AUGUAUGAUCUUACAAGUGGAAUUGUUUCUGAACAUGAUUGUCUUUAUAUUGCUGCUAGUUCAUAUCGAAGCGAAACUGAUUUUAAUCAAAUCAUUCCGUAUUGUUUGAGCGAAUGGCCAUCACAAUGGCAUAUCGAAGAAAAUAAGCUCGAUCAGAAAUUAACUUUUUCUUACCUUCGUCAACACAAUAUUACUAGCCAACAGUUAUAUGUUUGGUCAGCACCAAUUGACAUAAUCGAGCGUUAUCAACGAUAUUUAUCUCAAUCCGACUCGUCGUUAGAAUCACAAGUAUUCUAUAACUGCACGUCGCCAACAUUCGGUCCAUUCUGUCAGUAUUCAUUGGAUAUUCAUGGCAUUCGUCAUUCAUCAUUACAUGAAAUUAUUUAUGAUUUCUAUCAAGAAGGUUAUAAUCCCGAAACACUGACAUGUUAUACACAUCUAAAGUGUGAUCGUGGUUCAGUCAUCGCAUGUCUCGAUUGGACUGAAAUUUGUGAUGGGUACAUAGAUUGUUUAAAUGGUGGCGUCGACGAAGAAGAUUGUUGGCAAAUUGGAAUGAAUGAAUGUAGAAAUGACGAAUAUCGAUGUUAUAACGGUCAAUGCAUUCAUAUGAUAUUUGCUCAUGAUGGCCGAGAUACUUAUGAAUGUCUCGAUGCUUCUGAUGAAUAUUCUGAUACAAGUAUGACUCAACUUUGGUCAUCUGUUGAGCCAACAUUAUCUAAAGAAGAUGCUCAAUGUAGUACAAGAAAUGCUCUAUUUAGUAUUAGUCUUACAAGUUCAUGUGUAGAAAAACGUCAUAUUCUUUUAAAGAAAAUCAUUUUUUCUGACAUACCAAAAUCACUCUCUGAACUUUGUUGGUUAGCAUUUAAAUGUGAAAUUGGAAUUCUCAAUCAAAUCGAUUUAAUAUGUAAUCAAUUAUGUUCGAAUCGAACAUGCAAACAAAUAAUUAAUGAAACUUGUCCUGAUGUAUUCUUCAUACCAAAUCGAACAUUUAUUUUUGGUCAUAUUUUCUUUGGUUAUCAAAAAUCGAAUAUCAUCAAUACGAAUUAUCAAUAUCAACCCCAAUACAUAUGUUACGAUGAUCGAUUAUGCAAUGGUUUCUAUAUUAAUGCAUCUUUAUUGCAGUUCAAUGGUACAAUUUGUCGACGUCCUGAGGAUUUUCCUGUGGAACUUCCUUUGAUAGGAAAUACGGACUGGAUAGACACUUAUUUGAAAUUUAUCUAUCAAUCUCUUUUUCAAUGCAAUACAGUAAUCCAUCAUCAUGUUACUCCAUGUAAUAGUCCUGAUAUGUAUAAAUGUCAAAACUCAUCGAAAUGUAUUUCCAGACAUCAACUUUGUGAUUAUGUCAAUGAUUGUGAUUACAAAGAUGAUGAACGAUGUUUGUUAAUCAAUGGUACUUGUUCGACGUUGGAAUCCUACAAUCUGUUCAAAUGUACGAUGAUAAAUCGAUGUAUUUCACCAAAAAAAGUCGGAAAUCAAUUCUGUGACUGUGAAUUAGAUGAAUAUAAUAUAUGCGCUGAUGAAUAUGAACUUUCUAUUUUUGCUCAAAUAAGAAAUUACAUUUCAUUUCCAACUAUUUGUGAUGGUUUUACUGAAUUGGCACCAGUUCUCAUUGAUGGCCGGAAUGAAACCGAUGAAACAGAAUGUGAUUAUUGGCAAUGUAACAAUACUUAUACACGAUGUAACGGAUUUUGGAAUUGUUUCGAUGGAGCUGAUGAAGUCGAUUGUGAUUCAUCAUCGUUAUUACAAUGUUCUCAACAUGAACAUAUAUGUGUAUCACCGAUAACUUAUCAACUCAUGUGUUUACCACUUGCACAAGCCAAUGAUGGAAAAAUUGAUUGUGUUGGAGCUACGGAUGAACCGAGACUUUGUCGCGCAAGUAAUCAUCAAUUUAAAGAUGAGAAUUUCUAUUGUCGAAACACUACUAAUCAAACUUGUACAACAUUUAAUGAUAUUUGUUAUCGAGACGAAACGUGUAUACAUGGAAGUAAUGUUUUAUUAUGUAAUCAUACUAGAAAUAUCACUAAGUCGCAUCCGAUUUGUCACAAAAGCCACGCUUCAAACCAUACUAAUGUUCAGCGUUUUCUUUGUCAACGGCCUAGAGAUAAUAUGAAAGAAGUAAUCAUUUACUUUUCCAUGGAUCAAAUGAUGUCACCUAUCGAAAAUCUAAUCCUUAAUUAUCAAGAAAUACCUUUUGUCUCCAUUUCACCAGAGAUUCUACAUGAACAACGCUGUCAUCGUGGUUUGCCUUUACGAGUUUGGUUGAAUAAAAAUGAAAAUUUCACAAUCGCCAAGUGUCUUUGUCCACCAAGUUUCUAUGGUGAUAAAUGUCAGUAUCAAAAUCAACGAAUUGGUCUUACUUUAAUAUUUCAAACAUUUUCUAAUUCAAGACAAGUAUUAUUCGCAAUUGCUAUUUUACUUAUCGAUAAUAGUGAUGAAAGAAUUAUUCAUUCCCACCAACAACUUCUCUAUCGUUAUACUCAUCAUUGUGAAACGAAAUUUAAUUUCUAUUUGGUUUAUUCAACACGACCGAAACUUUCCACACGAAAUUAUUCUAUUCAUAUUGAUAUCUAUGAGAAAUUAUCGUUUAUAUAUCGUGGAAGUUUAUUAAUUCCAAUAGAAUAUUCAUUUCUACCUGUAUAUCGUGUCUCCAUGCAAAUUACUAUACCAAGAUCGGAAAGAAUCAUCGAUACUUGUACUGAUCAACAAUGUAUUCAUGGAAGAUGUAUUCAAUAUUUUAAUGAUGAAAAUCAUCGUAGUUUCUGUCAAUGUAAUCGAGGAUGGUCUGGAAAGUUUUGCACAAUUCGACAUAUAUGUACAUGUGCUGAUGAUUCGUUAUGUAUUGGUAUUUCAGCAAACAAUCGAUCGAUUUGUAUUUGUCCAUUGAAUAAAUGGGGAUCACAAUGUUUUCUCCAUAGUGAACUUUGUCAAAAGGGUAAAAAUAAUGUUUGUCAAAAUGGCGGUCAAUGUGUUCUCAUUAAUGAAAAUCUAAUCGCUAACAAACAGUUUAUUUGUAUCUGUCCGAAAGGUUUCAGUGGAAGAACAUGUGAAAUUAUAGACAACAAACUGAUUAUUACAUUUCAUAAGGAUAUUAUUCUAUCGUCAACAUUACUUUUUCAUUUCAUUCGAGUGCACCGUAAUGCUCCACCCGAAAAUGGUUCAACAUUUAAAACUGUUUCAUUCAAUGAACGAUCAUUUACAGUUUAUUGGUCACAUGACUUUCAUAUAGUUUUCGUUGAAUUUCUCCAUAAUCAAUUUUAUUUAGUAGUCAAACAACAAAAACAUAAUCAAUCAUCAGUUCUUACAAGAUUAAUCUAUCCAUCAGAUCGAUGUGCACAUAUAAGUGAAAUAUUUAAUGAAACAAUUCUUAAUUUACAUCUUCUUCGUCGUAUUAAAUAUUAUCAUUUACCAUGUCAAAAACGUUCACUACUCUUGAAAUGCUUCUAUGAUAAUACACAUUUUUGUCUCUGUGAUGAUUUCAAUGAUCAUCAUCGUUUAGCCAAUUGCUUCGAAUUCAAUUAUGAAAUUCAACAUGAUUGUUUUGGACAAAAUAGUUGUGAAAAUGAAGGUAAAUGUUUACAAGAUCGGCUUAGAUGUCCGAAAACAUCGAUAUGUAUUUGUCCAAAAUGUUUUUAUGGAACACAAUGUCAGUUUUCUUCAAUUUUAUUUGGUCUGUCACUCGAUGCUAUUCUAGGAUAUUCUAUUCAACCACACGUCAAGAUAGAACAUCAACCGUCGACUGUUCAAAUAAGCGCUGCAUUAACCAUUAUUAUAACUGUGUUAGGAUUUACAAAUGGUAUUUUAUCAUUAAUUACAUUCACGAGUAAAGAAACACAAAAAAUAGGAUCUGGUCUUUAUCUACUUGUUUUAUCCAUUCUUACUCUAUUUACAAUGAUAAUAUUUACAGUGAAAUUUUCGAUACUCUUCAUUGCUCAACAAACAUAUAUGACGAAUCGAUUGUUUUUAUCUUCUCAAUGUAUAGCGAUAGAUUUUCUACUACGAAUUGGUAUUCAUAUGGAUCAAUGGUUAAAUGCUUGUGUAGCUAUGGAACGAACAAUGACUACUAUACAAGAAAGUAGAUUUAAAAGAGAAAAAAGUAAACAAAUGGCUAAAUAUAUGAUAGGUUCUCUUUUUCUGUUGGUGAUUAGUACAACAAUUCAUGAUCCUUUCUAUCGACGUUUGAUAGAUGAUAGUAAUGAUGAAAAUGAAAAACAUCGUAUAUGGUGUGUUGUUACUUAUCCAACCAAUGUACGAAUGUAUAGUUCAAUGAUUAAUAUUUUUCAUUUUAUUACACCGUUUCUGAUAAAUUUGUUCUCAACAAUGAUUAUGAUUAGAAUACUGGUUCGACGGCGAGCACGUCUUCGACCUCAUGAAACUUAUCAAAGAUUACUAUCGGAACAAUUUCGACAACAUCUUCAUUUACUUCUAGCUCCUCUUCUGUUAAUUAUUCUUGCUAUACCACGUCUCAUUAUAUCUUUUGUAUGGGGCUGUAUGGAAUCAAACAACGAUUCGUGGAUAUAUCUUAUUGGUUAUUUUAUUUCUUUCAUUCCACCGAUAAUUACGUUCAUCGUCUUCGUACUACCGUCAAAUCUGUACAAAAGAGAAUUUUACAAACAUAUUCAACAUUAUCGAUUGAAGAUAAGAAAUCGAAUACAACCCAUUGUAUGA